AUGCGCUUCUCCAGCCUCGUUCCGUUCUUCGCAGCCCUGGUUCUAGCUGAGGAUCAGGGCAAAGGCUGCAACCCUGACAAAUACACCAUGGGAUGCUCAGGCCUGAACAUCGUCAAGUGUUAUACCUGGCCUGGUCGAUCCAGCCCAACUUGGAACUUUGUCGAGACUUGCGAGAAAGUCUGCUGCAACGGCAUUUGCACCGACACCAAGGAGGGUUGCUAG